AUGCCAAAGAUUAAGAGCUAUACGGCUCCAUGGCUGUCGCAAGGGCCCGGUCAGCGGUUAUUUGCUCCAUCUGCAGACGCUGCAUCACCCUACAACUCUAAAAAGCAGAACAUUCCUGGGUCCAAACGCACGAUCGCUCGCCGCGGCACUGAAGUCUUUGUCGCCGUCGGCAAAGAAUUGCGAUGGGGUGACCUGGCAUACUUGAAGGAGAAAUGGACUGCCAAACACCCUGGCGGACGCUCCGCUAGCAAGAUAAAGAGGGAGGAUUCAGAUGAUCUCCAGGCCUCAAUCGAGGAAGCCGCAGCAGCGGAGGGCUUUCGUACCAUCAAGACACCCGUCGCGAUGGACAUCCGACAGCUCAUCAUAUCGCCCGACUCGAACCACCUUGCCGUCUUGACAUCGCACACCAUCCACGUCUGCGCCUUGCCCGAUCCUUCGCAUUUGACAUCCGAUGACACGGGACCUCUCAAAACCAACUUUCGCAUGGUUGGCCCGACCACCCACGUUUCGACUGCGGCACCACUGGCCUCUGCGCUGUGGCACCCGUUGGGAGUCAAGAGCUCCUGCGUGGUGACUGUGACGACGGACGCCACUGUGCGGCUCUGGGAGCUUUCUGUAGAGAACCGAUGGUCCACCGACAAGCCUACCGUAUCUAUCGACUUGAAGAAGCUCGCAGAUGGCCAAACACUGGACCAGGAUUUCACAGCGUCAACCUCUGCCGGCACAGCAUUUUCGCCCGACAGUUACGAGAUGGAGGUCGCCUCGGCAUGCUUCGCCGGGCGUGGAUCGGGCGGUUGGAGCCCAAUGACUCUCUGGGUUGCUAUGACCGAGGGAGACGUGUACGCGCUGUGCCCUCUUCUUCCCGAACGCUGGGCGCCGCCUCCCACUCUGAUCCCGUCGCUUUCCGUUUCGAUCGUCGCCAAGGUCGCCGCGAUAGAAGAUGACCCCGACGUUACGGAGCACGCCAGGCUUCUAGCCCAACAGCAGCUCGAGUGGAUGGGCGAGAUUGACUCUCAAGAGCCUCGCAUUAUCGAGGCGGGUAUCGCCGAACCUUCCGUGGAAAUCUACAACCGGCCAUCAAAGCCAGGCGCUGUGCCCCGCCUGCAAGGUCCUUUUGAUCUCCUCGCCGAUCCUGAAGGCGAUGACCUUGAUGGUCUCUUGACCGAUAUCCAUGUUAUUGGAAAGAAAAUCGACACGGAGGAGCUCAUGAUGGGUGAGGAUGAAUUAUUGGAUAUGGACGAAGGCGAACAAGAAGGCCUGUCCCUGUCAAUCGUCUGCCUUCUUUCUUCAUCCGGCCAGGUCAGAGUGUUGCUUGACCUGGAGGGCGUCGAGGCCCAAUGGCUGCCUCCGAAGGGCAAGAAAUCAAGGAUCAGUCGCCUCGCUCAGCUUGCCGAUCCCCCAUCCCUACUGACGUUCCAAUCGAUCGACACUAUGCGGCCAACCGAGGUCGCCGAAGACAGCUGGCCAAUGUUCUCUACAGAUGUCACAUCACGCUAUUCUUUCUUUAUUUCUCAUCACGCUGGUUUGACAUACAUCUCGUUGUCGCCUUGGGUGUUCCGCCUUGAGGGCGAGUUGCAGGGCGAUGUAGAGGCUGGGGCGGACUUUCGACUAGGACUCCUUGUCAAUGGACAAAACUCGACCCGCGAAAGGCUGUACACGCAACCAUCUGCCGAUGUCUUGGUCCCGCUUGCCGCAGCUGUCGCCAUUCGCGAUCUUGACCUGGGCUACUUCCUGUUGUCAGGAACGGCGUUCGAGCCGAUCGCCCUCACGUUUGAGACGCCUGAAGAAGACUUCAGUCCGGUUCGCCAGGAGACUCCUCUGCACGAGGAGAAAAUGGCAGACAUGCAACCCCUGGACUUUUAUGAGCCCCGCCCAGCUUUCCAGCCUUCGCAUGCUUUUGGUCAACAGUCCGGCCUCCCAGAGCUUCUUUCCAUGCUGCGGAGCUCGCGUCAUCGCACGAUACUCAACCAGGAAGUGCGGCUAUCGCCAGUGACGCUGCAGAUCUUGACAGACGCUCACAGGGUGCUCGGCGACGACACACAUAAGCUGGCGGUUGCCGUGGCAGAGCUUUUCCGACGUUGCAGCACCUUGCAACAGGAGCUGAAGGAUCAGAUUUACAAAGCCAACGAAGUCAAGGACAAGAUUGACAGGAUCUCGGGCAACGACAAAGAGGGCGAGGGCAAGGGCGAGAGCGACGAGACCAGAUUUGAGCGUCGCAUCGCCCGGGCACAGGACCGGCAACGCGAGCUUGGUGAACGCCUGGAACGCAUCAGGAAGCACGCAGGCAAAGUCGCAACACGUGAGCUCAGCACCAAAGAGAGGGCGUUGGUCGAGGAAGUUAAAAGUCUGGAGGCCAAUUUGUUGGGCUCAACAUCGCGGGAUGCACCAGCUGCCAAGACGCAGUCGCAAAUGUCUAAGCGGGUGCAAGCUGUGCAGCAACUGCGUGAGGAAUUGGCGGGCGAGGUGGCACGGAUACAAAAAGAGAGCGAGGUUGCCGAGGGCGCCAAUGACAAAGAGGGCAAAGAACUUUCGGCGUCACAGUCAGGCGAUCUCAGGAUACCUUCGGAGGUCCGAAAGGCCAAGUUAAGACAGGUUCGCGGACUUUUGGACCGCGAGACUGCCCUCGUGGAGGCGGUCACUGCGCGGUUGACUGCUUUGCAGAUGUAA